AUGACCAAAUCAGAUCAUUUACUAAAGACUACGUUGAACUAUUCUGGCAGUUCUACAAUUGAGGCAGAAUGUGUUCAGACAACUGUACAAUGCCCACUUGACCAGCACAAGUCCACUCAAACGGCCUGGGAGGCGCAGCAAUCUCCUCAGCGCAGUGCAGCUGAACUCGGAGGCGGCGACCGCGACGACGGCUGGCCCUACCGCAGCCAGUUGGCCGGGAAGCUGAGCGGCGGCGGGAGGGUGACGUUGCACUUGCGGAAGAAGUCGUCGUUGGGCACGACGCCCGCGCGCGCGCAGUCGUCGCACACGGUGUCGGCGGCCGGGCGGCACGGGUGCGCCUCGAACAGCCCGCCGCCGCAGCGCGAGCACAGCCAGCAGGGGCUGCGGAAGGAGUGGUGCGGCGAGUAG